AUGGACAUUAAACAGGAUAUGAAGGACUCGGCGAUCCCGCAGGGAGGCGAGUCCAAGGGGGAACCCAAGACAGAGCCCAAAAAGGGGUGCAACUGUACUCUUCUCUACGUGAUGUUUCUGAUGUUUGGCGUUGGAUCGUUGUUGCCAUUCAACUGUUACAUCACACCUUAUGAGUACAUGAUACGAUUCUACCCUAAACCCGUUCUCUCGUUCUUCUCUCUGGCCUAUAACGUCGGCAAUUGGGGCAUGAUGUUCAUCUAUCUCAAGAUUGGAAAGAAGAUACCGGCCCGCAUGAGCAAUAUCAUAGUGUUCAUCAUUUGGAUAGUCUGCCUUACCGUUGUCCCCUGCCUUGCGUUUCUUGACAUAGCCACUAUUGCUCGAUUCGUUAUUGCUAUUAUUUUAGUCUUCAUCUCAGGUGUUUUGAACGGUAUCUGUUUUCCGAAAAUCGUCUCUGUCGGUUCACGAAUAAGCUUUGAUCUAGUCCAGGCCAUGAUGUCUGGGAAUGGAGUGGCAGGGAUUAUUACGGCAGCUCUAUAUGCUAUUACCAAGGGGAUUGCUAUCGCGAGCAACAAUGGUAAGUUUACGGACAACCAGCUUAAGUUCGGAACGCUAUCGUACUUUAUCUUGUCCGAUGUGAUCCUCCUGAUAUGCAUUUUUUGCUGGAUCAAAGUCAUGAAGGACUACCCUCACCUCAACUACGACGAGACCCCUGCAGAGCAGGUGGAGAUGGAACCCUCGAUCAUUAACGGCAGCUCUGCGCAACCCGACAGUGCCCCCAGUAAUGCCAUGCCGCAGGGGUCCGCCUCCCUCGGGAACGAGACCAUUGAUCAGUCUGUCCUGCCAGUAGGCAACUUGCUUAACCCCAAGACGGGGCAGAAGUAUACCUUCAUGCAGCUGGUGCGCGUCCUCCUGGUUCCAGGCCUCGGUGUUUUCUUUGUAUUCUUCAUUACUCUAGCUUUCUUCCCCUCCAUCACAGGAAAGAUACCAUAUGUUACUGGAGUUAAUAAUAACCUUGACGACAAAGGCUGGUGGUCUGUCGGUAUGACGAGUCUCUUCAUGAUCUUCGACUACGUGGGCCGAUCGCUUCCUCAAAUCGAAGUUCUGACACGGAUUCGUACGACCCCUCUUCUCAUUUUCUCUUUGCUGCGGAUCGUCUUUGGAGUUCUUUUUCUUCUAAUGGGCAUUCCUGUCCCUACUCUGAGUAACAAUAGCAUCUCUAGGAUCAAUGCACCCAUUCAAAAUGAUUACGUCUCAACCAUCACUAUGAUACUCUUUGCUCUCACGAAUGGAUACGUUAGCACUGUGAUCAUGAUCCGCUAUGGCGACCACGUGCCUCACCCGUCCUACAUGGCUGCCUCUGGUGACAUAAUGUCCUUCUGGCUCAACACGGGUCUUAUUGCUGGAGGCUUGGUAUCGCUCUUUAUUGAUCUAGGGAUGGAUCCCACGGCUUUGAAUGUGAGUUAA